GCAAUGCGCAUUUCUGGCGAUUCCCGCGGCCUGGUCGGCACGUCACAAUGCUUCACUGCGCAUUUAAGCUGUAGUCAACGCUGCAAUUGGUUUAUUGACUGGUAAUCUGCUACGCGCUGCACCAAGGUCCAGGCCAUUCAGGCCAGUUGGGUCAGUGCCGGUGAAAAAAAUUCGCGCAUUGCAGCGUAAUCGCUACAGUCUUAUUCCUUUACCUAGUACACGUUUCUCACACGGCCUGCACGCGCGUGUCAGAACGAUGGCUACUGCCUCCUCCUCAGCUCAACUUGCCUCGGAGCUCAAGGGUGCCAAUGUAUUGCUGACGGGCAUCACCGGAUUCGUGGGUAGCGAGCUAGCGCGUCAGCUACUGGAGCUUGGAGCGCACAUACGAGCUCCAACUCGUUGGCCAAUUGACUCGCCCAAGCUUGCUGAGCUCAAGAAGAACUUUGACGGAUUGGCUGGCGACGUGACCUUUGUGGAUGCCGACAUCCGCUCCGAGGAGGCGCUGGCCCGCGCCCUGGACGGCGUGGCCUACGUCUUCCACGUGGCCUCGCCCUUUGUGAUUACCUCCCCCAACCCCGCGGCGGACAUUGUGGCGCCGGCGGUGGAGGGCACGGCGGCGGUGCUGCGAGCGGCGGGCCGGCACAAGGAGGCCAUCAAGCGCGUGGUUGUCACGUCGUCCAUGUGUGCCGUACACGACUGCCACGCCAAACAGGCGCCCAGCGCUGCCUCGGGGCGCUACACGGAGGCGGACUGGAACGGCGUGUCAACGGUGGAGGAGGAGCCCUACUGGGUGUCCAAGACGGAGGCUGAGCGCACUGCCUGGCGCCUGGCUGGGGAGCUGGGACUGCCGCUGUCCACUGUGCUGCCCAACUUCGUGAUGGGGCCGGUGGCGGCGGCGCAGGCGGCGGCGGGAAUCAGCGUGGGCUUCUUCAAGGGCUUUCUGGAGGCGAGCUCCGGUCCGGACGGCUCGGCGCCGCCGUCGGGUGUGUGGACGUUUGCGGACGUGCGCGAUGUGGGUCGGGCGCACAUCGCUGCGGCGGUGGUGCCGGCGGCGGCGGGCAAGCGCUACAUCGUCAGUGCGCGGCGCUCCACGAGCGCCAAGUCCGUGACGGAUGUGCUCAAGGCGCGGCUGCCGCAGCUGGCGCACAUCCCGGACGGCCAGUCGGGCGAGGAGGCGGAGAAGGUGGACCCCAGCGCCGUUGAGUCAGACCUGGGGCUGGCGCUGACGCCUGUGGAGGACACCCUGUCUGACAUGGCGACGUCCCUGCUGAGGCUCGGGCUAGCGGUGCCGGCCGGGGCGGGCGCAGAAGCCAAGGUGGCGGAUGGGCAAGCGGCGGCGGAGGGCGCGGCGAAGGCGUGAGGGGGUCGGUGAGGGCGGGAUGCCGGAAGUGGAGAUGCACGGGGCGGGAGAGCGCGUGGAAGUGCGAGCGUGAGAGCCGCUUGCGUUCGUUUGUGUGCAGUUUUGAGUGCCGUGCGUGUAGGGUGGUGAGGCGGAGGUGCGUGUGAUGUGGCUGCUGUACAAUUGACUGAUAGCGCUUUUUUGUUCUUACGUGAGCGGUGGUCUGGGGUGUGCGCUGGCAGGCUGAGCGGUGCGUAUGGUGCAUUUAGGGCUUUCGCAUGGCUUUGUUGCAACAGGCAGUUUGUGCACGUAGAGCCAUACCGUACUUAGAACGCUAGAACGCGGACAGGCACUCAUCACAGCUUUUGGCGGAACUGUAGUCGUCAGGUAGGCAAGAACUCUUUCGGGUGCCGUAUGGGCGUAUGUGUUUGCCAGGUUCGUCCGGUGAUAUGAAGGCGCUCGGGCGCUGCACUCGCAGACGGCGGCGGCACGGGCGUGGGUUUGUCUGCGUGUCUGCUGGGCGGAUAGAGCUCUGCUGCUACUGCCGGCAGGCCACAUGCCAGCACUGUGACGAGCUGCUGCUGUGACCACACGUCGGGCGGCCUUGCCGAGGCGCGAAGUAAGGGAGCAACGGAGCGAUGAGGCUCGCUCUGCGCGCACUCACGGCGCGCACUGCUGAUAGCCGUAAUAUACCUUUCAGGGCAUGCGUCAGACAUGAUCGGCACACGUAAGGCAGGCCCUGCUUGCGCAAGCGACUGACUCCGUGGGUAGUGUGGGGUUGUCGCCGCCCGCUGGACGGGCAUCCAAUCAUACGUAUUGGAUUGUUGGGCGGGGGCUACGGAGUACGGGGACGUGAUCGGGGGAGUUUGCAUGCCGACACCACGUACGUACGGUACGCCUGCCUGGUCCCACGUUCAGAGAGAUGUAAGCAAGUACCGUAUUCGG